CACCAGGUGACAGUGGCUGUGCUGGCAGGGCAUGCAGAGGAAGCGUCCCUCGGAGGUGCAGAGCGCUCUGCUGAGGAGGCACCUCCUGGAGCUCACCCAGAGCUUCAUCAUCCCCCUGGAGCAUUACAUGGCCAGCCUGAUGCCUCUGCAGAGAGCCAUCACCCCCUGGAAGAACCCGCCCCAGAUCCGCCCUUUCUGCCAGGAGGAUUUYAUGAAGAGCCUGGAGCACGCUGGGCCCCAGCUCACCUGUGUGCUCAAAGGGGACUGGCUGGGGCUCUACAGGUGAGAGGAAAUGCCCCAAAUCCACCCUACAGAGCCACCCCAUGCACAAAAACCCCAGGACAUCAUCACUGGGGACACAGAGCUCAUCAGGGAUUGCUCAGGAUGGGCAGGAAAAGCAGAUCAGGGCACCCUAAAUGAGCAGAGACCCUUUAGGGGGGUCUGUUCUGGGUGUUUGGUCCUGAAUGGGGUGGGGAGGACCCCAAUCCUAUUGAAUGGUGCAAUGGAGUGGGAAUGUCCAUCCGAGGGAGGGAAUGGGAAAGGAAC